AUGAGGUGCCGUCCGUUGGCGAGUUGCUUCGCUUGUAGAACGAGUAAGGUUAAAUGCGACCUGCAGAAGCCUUCUUGCCGCCGCUGCGAAGGCCGGGGAAAGCCAUGCCCUGGCUACGCAGACCCUUGGGCGGUCGCGCACCGCUCAGAGAAUGCAACUGCAGCGCUCCAAGUCGAGCUCCGCAUCGCCAAGCGGCUCAAGGAGAGGGAGGCCCCGAGUGACGCGGCAAGCAUAGCAGGCGGCGGCAAAGCAAACUCGCUAGCGGCGGCAGCGGGUGAAAGCGUGAGGAGGAGGUCGACGGUGCCGAAGCAGCUCCAGGUCGACUCGGAGUUCGUCUGGCUGGAGCGGUUUUACUCAAACUACGCAUGCGCGGACGAGACGGCCUGGUUCAGCCUCUUGGCCGGCCUCAGGGCGUCGCGCACCACGUCUGCCGCCUUCGAGGGGGCGAUCCGGGCCACGGCGCUCGCAAGCUGUGCCAUGCAAACGAGGCAGGCGGGGCUGAUGGUCCUGGCGAGACGAUACUACGGCAGUGCCAUCGCGAAGAUCAACUCGGCCUUGCAAAAUCCCACGACGGCGCAGGACGACUCGGUCGCCGUUGCCCUGCUUGCAAUGUGCAUAUACGAGGGACUAAUACCAGAAGAGAUGUCGCCAAAGGCCGUGUCGCACUGUAAGGGAUCUUUGAUGAUCCUGAGAUACCGAGCCGAUCAAGGGGUCGCCAGCUCGUUGGAUAGUCGCAUAUUGGCGUUUGUCGCCCAUAUCGGAGUCCUCCAGGUUUUUGCCGGGGGGGAACGUCGUGACCUGCUUUUUCCUGUCGUGAAGAGCGCCUCCUGGACGAGACAUGCCGUGGUAGAGCCGUUACUGGCACGGGCGGUGGAAUUCAAGGGGACGGUUGACAGCGUCAUGACGUCUAUCAAAAGUCGGGAGGCGCCCAUCACAGGGAUUCUCCAGACAGGACUUGACAUCAUCCGCGAUCUUGAAGCAGCCGCAAAUUACAGGAUCAUGUCGCCAGGGCCGCGGAAGACAUCACGGCAAACUGGAGCAAUGGGGGAGGAGUCGAAUAAUUUCAACAACCUACUAAGUCGAAGUUCGUACGCGACCGAGGCCGCGUUGAAGGGGUUGUAUCUCACCGUGAGACUCCAGGUCAUCGAGUUCAUCCUCAACCUGUCCAUGGCGCACGGCGAACCAACUUGUGAGGAGCUCGGGAUACUCACCAGCCUCCCCCACGGUUUAACGGCGGUAGAGCAGAUCUGCGAGCAGGUCCGUGUCUUGUUUGGGUUUGACGGCAGGGAACCUGCGUCAAGGAAUCAGGGCAUCGCAUUCAAUGCCUGGUGCAUGUUAUGGCCUAUGAUCACUGUGCUGCAGUCCGGAUUCACAGACAGAGAAACACAGCUGUGGAUGAUGGACAAGUUAACCCUAAUAGGAGGCCUCGCGGAGCGGAGCGUUUAUUCCGGAGUUUGGACUAACAGUCGGGUUUGA